UACUUGACAGUUAAACUUGAAAUCGAUUCCAAUGGGCUGUAUGCUCGAACCCCUUGACAGCAUCAGAUAGAUACCAAAGUCAAGACAACAAGAAACACAUCACUUUCUCAACUUAUAAAGAACAACCUGCUAUUUUUAUUUUCCCAUCCCCCAAACAUUCCCGUAUGAGUAACUAUAACAUGAAGGUGUCAUCGUCUCCCAAGGUCAGCAAACACGUGGAGUGUCUCAGACAUCUUCAGAGCCAACAUGAUGAGCUGGAAGCACAGUUUCUUGAGGAGAGAAAGGCAUUAGAAGCUAAAUACCACAAGCUUUAUCAACCUCUAUACACUAAGAGAUAUGAGAUUGUGAAUGGUCUACAAGAAGUUGACGGGGUUAUGUCUGCUGAAUUAGACAGCAUAAAAGAGGAUCAAGCUACAGAAGAGAAAGGAGUGCCUGAAUUCUGGCUCACUGCAAUGAAAACUCAUGAAGUACUAGCAGAGGAGAUUAAGGGACAAGAUGAAGGAGCCCUAAAGUUUAUAAAAGAUAUCAAGUGGUCAAGACUUCAAAAUCCUGAGGGUUUCGAGCUGGAGUUUUACUUCAACCCUUGUCCUUACUUCAAAAAUUCUGUCCUGACAAAGACUUAUCACAUAAUUGAUGAAUCUGAUCCUAUUUUGAGUCAAGCAAUUGGGUCGGAAAUUGAAUGGUAUCCUGAGAAAUGCUUGACGACGAAGGUUGUGAAGAGGAAACAAAGAAUGGUGUCAAAGAAGACCAAAACCACCAUGAUAAUUAAGAACUGUGAAAGUUUCUUCACAUUCUUUAAUCCUCCUCAGAUCCCUGAGAAUGAGGAUGACCUAGAUGAUGAUGAUAAUGAUGAACUUCAGGACCGGCUAAAACAAGACUACAAUUUAGGUAUUAUUAUUCGGGACAAAAUCAUUCCACAUGCUGUGUCAUGGUUUACUGGAGAGGCUAUCGAGGAAGAUGAGUUAGAUGGUAUAGAUUAUGAUGGCAAUGAUGAUGAUGAGGAUGAUGAGGAUGAGGUUGAAGAUAAGGAGAAUGAUGAUGGGGAUGAGGAGGACAAUGAAAGCGACAAGGAGGUUGAGCAAGAAGAGAAAAGAAAACAAGGUGUGAAGAAGGACAUCAGAAAGGACUAUGAUGAGGAUGAGGAUGAGGAUGAGGAUGAGGAAGAGGAAAGAAAAUGGGGCUUGAAGAAGGAUGAUGAUGAUGAUGAUGAUGAUGAUGAGGCUGGAGAUGAGGAGAAUGAUGAUGGGGAUGAGGAGGACAAUGAAAGCGACAAGGAGGCUGAGCAAGAAGAGAAAAGAAAACAAGGUGUGAAGGACAUCAAAAAGGACUAUGAUGAGGAUGGGGAUGAGGACGGGGAAAAGGAAAGAAAAUGGGACUCGAAGAAGGAUGAUGAUGAUGAGGCUGAAGAUGACGAGCAUGAUGAUGGGGAUGAGGAGGACAAUGCAAGCGACAAGGAGGCUGAGCAAGAAGAGAAAAGAAAACAAGGUGUGAAGAAGGACAUCAAAGAGGACAAUGAUGAGGACGGGGAUGAGGAAAAGGAAAGAAAAUGGGGUCUAAAGAAGGAUGUUGAAGACGAGGAUGAGGAGGAAGAGGAAGAAAAACGGGUCUGGAAGAAGUCAUCCGAUGGACACAAGAAGAUUGGAGGGGCACAAAUUCAGAAAGGUCAGCAAAGGGAGUUGGAUCACACUUGCACACAAAUGACAGGAGCAGCUUAAAGAUUGUAGCAUCAUCGGUCCUAGUUGACCAAAAGCUUUAGCUCUCUGGCAUUGACUAUCUAUCUAUCAUCUACAUAUAUCGAUAUGGCCAAUGUUCUUUUCUUUUCUUUUCGUUAGCUAUGCAUUUGGAGUGAAACUAGAAAUAAUGUCUAUCAGUGUAUCUAAUUUAAUGGCUGCUUGAUAUUGUAUGCUAUAUAUAUUGUUGUGUAUAUCAUGGUCAAUAUGAUGCAUUACUAGCUUAAACAAA